UAUUUUUUUUUUUGAUAAGCAAGACCGCCACAAGUCGGUGCAAAUAAAAAAGAAGAGUGUGAAAAAGAAACACACGACACAUACUUCUUUGAGUCGAUAUUCGCACCAACAUACAUGUUAAAGCUAGUAUAGGUACUUUGAGUUCAAAAAUUUGAUACUUCUGCAGUUCUCUGAUCAACUCUCUCUAGCGAUAAAACAUUUAAAUUGUGAAUAAUCCAAGUAUUGACAUCAUUACCGUAUUAGAUAUUGGUAGAAAAUGACUGGUAGCGAAGCUGCAGUAAACCAGGCGGACAAUAUACAAAUUCGCGUAAUAAAAUGGAGUGAGCGCGAUGAGGUGCUUAAAUUUCUUCGCCUACAUUUCUACCCAGAUGAACCGUUGAGCAUUGGCAACGUACAAGGACAUCCGGAUCCGGAAGAUGAGAAAUUCAAUAUUUCACAAAUAGCGCACGGAACCAGUUUAAUGGCAGUACAACAACAAACUGUUAACGGUAUGCUAAACGAACGUAUAGUUGGCGUUUUGCUGUCUGGUCCAAAGUUUAGUAAUCAUGCUGAGCAUUUAUGUAAGGAGGCCGCUCGUUUUGGUUCAUCCAAUUUGGGCAAGCAAAUAGGAAUAUUGGCUCAAGCCGAGCGCGACGCUAAUGUCUACGAGCGUUAUAAUGUUGAGAGAGCGUUGCAUGCACAUGCUAUGGCGAUCGAUAAGAGUUUUCGUGGACAUGCAAUUGGAACGAGAAUUAUAGAAAAGUUGAAAGACUUGGGCCGUGAACUCAAGUAUCCACUCUUGACUACGGACUGCACCAGCUUUUAUUCGGCGCAAUUAGUGGAACGUAUAGGUUCGGAGUGUGUGAACAUUAUUAAGUAUACGGAUUAUCUGGAUGAGAAGGGUAGGGUGGUGUUUAAGCUGCCACCGCCACACGAAUAUCUGAAAACGUAUGCCAUGAGGCUGUAAAUGUUCAGAGAUACAUAUAUUAUAUAAUAUACAAUAACUAUUUUAUACUUUCUAUCGCAGAUAUAUAUGUAUAUAUAUAAGUGACAUACAUACUUGUAUGUACAUACAUAUGUACUUCUUUGUUGUACUAUUUUUCCGAUAUUUGUUCUCAACUGAUGUCAAUAGUCAAGCUGAAAAUACUAAAUAAACAAUAAAUAAUUAGUUCAUUACAUUUUAUUAACAGAA